UUGCUUAAAAAAGAAAGAGCAGUGCGAAGAAGUCAAUAACACUUUGAAAUCUGCUUUGAGGGAUCUUGGAGUGGAUCCUGAUAAUCUUGCUAAUGCAGCCAAAAAGAAAUUGGAAGAGCAGAAGAAAGCAGCAGAAGAGGCUAAGAAAGCACAAGGCGGUUCAAAAGCAGGUGACAAGCCCAGAGAUUCAGCUGCCGAAAAAAAAGGAGCUUCUGCCAGAGAUUCAGCAGCCGGGAAACCUGGUGCUAAGCCCGGUGAUUCAACGUCUGGAAAACCUGGCGCCGGAGAUUCGGCAGACGGGAAAGCUGGUGGUAAGGGCGGAGAUUCAGCAGCCGGGAAAUCUGGUGCCGAUUCAACAUCCGGGAAACCUGGUGCAGAUUCUGGAGCUGGGAAAUCUGGAACCGAUUCAGCAGCCGGGAAACCUGGUGCAGAUUCUGGAGCUGGGAAAUCUGGAGCUGAUUCAGCAGCCGGGAAACCUGGUGCAGAUUCUGGAGCGGGCAAGUCUGGAGCCGAUUCAGCAGCCGGAAAGCCUGGAGCAGAUUCAGCAGCCGGGAAAUCUGGAGCAGAUUCAGCAGCCGGAAAAGCUGGUGCUGGAGCCGCAGAUGCCGGAAAAUCUGGAGCAGAUUCAGCAGCCGGGAAAUCUGGAGCAGAUUCAGCAGCCGGAAAAGCUGGUGCUGGAGCCGCAGAAGCCGGAAAGUCCGGAGAUUCAGCAGCUGGAAAAUCUGGUGCAGCGGCUGGCGACUCAGCAGGUGGAAAAUCUGGUGCUGGAAAAUCUGGUGGUGCUGGGGAUGGACAACAAGGCGCAAAGGGUGGGGCCGGAGACGAUAAACAAGGAGCUGGUGGAACCGCUCAAGGACAAAAGGGGGGCGCUGGUACCGUUGGAAGAGGCUCGAAGUCCGCCGGGAAAAAGGGCAAAAGAGAAGAGGGUUCAAAACUGGACGAUACCACUGAAGAGCAGUUCGACGAAUUUGUUAAGAACACAGCGAAAACGUUAUCAGCCGGUGAAAUCGAUGGCGUUAGCUUGGAAAGGGAGUUACGCAAAAUUUUGGAUAUGUUUAUUGAUGAGUGUGGAUUUUGUUUCUGCAAAUGCAAUAUUCCGAAAAGCCGCUUUUAUGCUAUAUGCCAUAAGCUCUACCACCAUGGGCUGCACACGUUGGAUUUUAAGGACCUGGCCUAUAUGCACAAGCGUAUCUUUGCUGCGGCAGAAAACAUUCUGCCUGGAUGCCUGUUUAAUAUGAUAAUGAAGGAUAUAAUGUCCUGUAAUCCACAAAGCCUCGUGCCGUCAACAGCCGUUCAAAAAAAACAGUGCUGCACUUGCAAGAGCUCACUCUGC